AUGGUGGGCCCAAAGACCCAGGAGUGGGGGGGGGUGGAUGGUGGGGUGGGAGAAACAGCACGCCUAUUGGUCAUUGGCUAUCCCUACUCCAUUGUCGCCGCACAAAAGAUGAUAUGCAUGACAGGAGAUGGAGGCUAUGCAAUCCAAGGCAAACGCGACGGGUUAAUUCCAAUCCAGAUGCGCACACGAACGAAUAAACGUAAUCAACAGGAUAGAAAUGUCGCGCUCGAUAAAUCAAGACGCACGGAGUAUACGGAUGUAAAACAGUCGAAGGAUGGACCCUUAGGACAAAGCACUGACAGCGAUGGAUUGUACAAAUCCUUCGAUCCGGAUGCGUGCGCGCGCGCGAACCCAAGCGUAGAGGGCACCGUCCUACUGUUUUGGCACCAGUGGAGAUCAGAAGGUAGUGACUGGCUGGAUGGUAGGACUAGUCGUGGGUGGGUUGGAGGUGAGGAAGCAAAGAUCGUGGAAUGGGUAAAGGAGUACCAGUAG